AUGCCGGGCAGACUUGUUCAAGAUUUCAUUUGUAGUAGAAUUGAUUCACAAACUAGAAACCACAAGAUCACUAACUCUAGAUCACUUACUCUAAGCUAUGCUCCAUUCUGGUCUCUAAAUGAAAAGAACUAUGGGUACUCUUGGGUGUUCCUCAGAUUACUAAAACUAAAGGAUGAGGAUGGUUCUUCUCAUCUAGGCAUUCCCUUAUUUGCAGCAGUUGUUGAGGUUUGA